CUGCUCCCAGAGGUCUUCGCUUCAUCCUGACACUGAUGGUGGUUAUUACUUUUUGUUGAGUAGCAGAGAAGAUGCUUAUAUAGUAUAAAUUUACUUCGGAUAUUAAUUUUGCAAGUAUAUUUUUGUAUAAGAUGUUUAAAAAGGUGAAGAGAGUGAAUUUUAGAAGACGAAAUAAUUCGGAGGAGGAGGAGGAGGAGGAUAGCGUUUCGUCGCCACAGUCUUUAGCGUGCACAACUGCUGAAGACAGUGUGCUUUGCAAUUCGGAGCCUGUCUCACAGGAUACUGUAUGCGAGCUACAUCAAGGGAAUGGCGUCCAGAGUGUUCAUCCUUUAUUAAGGGAGAAGAAGAAAAAAAAUAAAGAAAACAAGGACGCACCUAAAGGAAGCUUGCUCAGCUUUCAAGAUGAAGAAGAUGAUAAUGAGGUUUUCAAAGUGAAGAAAUCAAACUAUAGUAAAAAAAUAGUUAAGCAGCUGAAGAAGGAGUACAAAGAUGAUCUGGAGAAAAUAAGCAACUUAAAGCAGGAGCUAGGAAGUGCAGCAGAAGAAACAGUUGUACCGUUUGAACAAAUAAAGGAAGAGCAAGUGCAAGUGGAGAGCACUUUGAUCAGUGCAGAAAGGGGUGAGGAGGAAAUGGAAGUUGACAGCAAUGAUGAAUCGGAUUACCAGUCAUCUGCUGGUGGAUUUUCUAAUGCCUUAUCUUCACUUAGUACAUUGCGUCCAGGUGAAAUUCCAGAUGCUGCCUUUAUUCAUGCAGCCCGCAAGAGAAGACAGUUGGCUCGUGAGCUUGGGGACAGUGUUCCUAAUGAUACUGAAUCUGGGAAAAAACGCAUUUCACAAGAGGAUGAAAAUGAUGUUAGUGAUGAUGAUGAUGAUGAGGAGAAACGCAGAAUUAUCUUCACUGUAAAAGAAAAGACCCAAAGGCAAAAGAUUGCAGAGGAAAUAGGAAUUGAAGGAAGUGAUGAUGAGGCUCUUGAUGCAGGUAUACAAGAUGAAGAAUUAAAUCGCUGGGAACAAGAACAAAUUAGGAAAGGAAUUAGCAUUCCUCAGGUUCAGACCAACCACCAGGCAGAUUCAAAUUUGUACUACCAAAACGUCUAUGAAGCUACUGCCUAUGGCUCAUCGUAUGGAAUAUCCUACUCCUACAGUUCAUAUGGGGCAGAAGAUCCUAAACUUUUGAAGCCUGGGAGUACAGGAAGUUACACAUCUUGUAGUAAUAGCAUGACUCCUAUCAGUAUGGAUUUAUUAAAGAAACGGCUGAAAGACAGGUAUGAAUCAAUGAAGGAAGUUCACUCAAAGAAUCGGAAGCAAUAUGAACAGAAUCAGCAACAGCUAGAAUCCUCUACCUGCUUGAUAGAGAGGCUGGAAGGCUCCUCUGAUGGCAUUGCUGACCAGUAUAAGUUCUUGCAAGAAAUGCAAGGGUAUGUCCGAGACUUGCUUGAGUGUUUCAGUGAAAAGGUACCUCUUAUUCUUGACCUUGAGUCUGCAAUGCAUCAUUUGCUUAAACGGAGAGCUUCCAGACUUGUCCAGAGGCGGCAAGAUGAUAUUAAAGAUGAAUCAUCGGAAUUUGCAAGUCAUUCAAGCAAAACUGUGGUAGCACCAAACUUAGACUCUUUUGGACGUGAUCGCAAGGCUUAUUUGGAAAAUGCUAAACAACGAAGAAUAGCAGAAAGAGAAGCUAGAAGGACUCGACGUAGACAAUCAAGAGAACAAAAUGGAAAAAGAGCAGAACAUCAUGAAGGCCUUUCCAGUGAUGAUGAGGAAACUUCCACAGAUACGACAAGUUUUAAUUUAGAAAAAGAAAGAAUUUUUCAAGAUUCUAAGAAGCUUUUUGAGGAUGUUUUGGAGGACUUUUAUUCUAUUGACUGUAUAAAGUCAAGGUUUGAAAUAUGGAGAAAGAUAUAUUACAGAUGUUACCAAGAUGCAUAUAUUGGACUUUGCUUGCCAAAACUCUUCAAUCCUUUGGUACGACUACAAAUUAUCCCUUGGACACCCUUAGAGGCAAACUGUCCUGAUUUUGAAUCUAUGAUCUGGUUUGAAUCUUUGCUCUUUUAUGGCUGUGAUGAAGAGGAAGAGACACAAAAAGGUGAUGUUGAUGUUCAUCUUCUUCCAUCAAUAGUUGAGAGGGUAAUCAUUCCAAAGCUUGCAGUUUUAAUUGAUGAAGUAUGGGAUCCCAUGUCAACUAGUCAAAGUGCACGGCUGGUAUCUUUUGUGAAGAAAUUAAUUAAUGGCUAUCCUUCAGUUCUAAAUGGUGAAAACAAAAGCACACAGGAGCUAUUGAAAACAAUUGUGAUGCGUACAAGAAGAACCUUGGAUGAUGAUAUUUUCAUGCCUUUAUAUCCCAAGCAUGUAUUAGAAAACAAAAACAGUGGACCAUAUUUGUUUUUUCAGAGACAGUUCUGGUCCUGUGUAAAGCUAAUUCAAAAUAUUCUCAUGUGGCAUGGAAUUCUUUCAAAUAAAUGCCUGAGAGAACUGGCAUUGGACAGCCUCUUGAAUCGUUAUAUUCUUCUAGCUCUUCAGAAUUCUGAUCCUGGGGAAGACUGCAUUUUAAAAUGUCAAAGUGUGGUGGAAUGUUUUCCCAAGCAGUGGUUUACAAAUCAAAAAGGGCAACAAACUAUUCCCCAUUUAGAAAAUUUUUGCCGGUUCCUUGCACAUUUAACCAGCACAAUAUACAGGGUCAGCAUUGGUCUUUCUGAUACAGAAAAAAGAAUUGCAAGGGAUCACAUCAAGACUGUAAUCAAGCUUCUAGCUAGCAUGCACGCUGUGGAUCAUGUGAUUACAGUUGCCAGUGAGCAUGGCAUAAAGGAUGUAAAAGCAUUUCUUGAAAACAAAUAAUGUUGGUCUUUCUUCCAUUGCUUUUCUUUAUCAUCUGUAAAUAUGUACAUUUGGGAACACUUUGAAUCUUAUUAAAUGUUGCUCAAACCAUUGGAAUCUUUGGUGUGUUACCAAAUGAUUUUCAGUCAUGAUUUAUACUGGUCUUAGGAAACUGUAAAGUACAGAGCUCCCCCAUUUUUAUAGAGCAUAUCACUUUCUAAAAUGAUGUUUUUAAUACAUAUGAGCAUGUAAAAAUUAAAAAUAUUCAUUUGUGAAGCCAAAUUGGCUUGAUGCCAAAAAAUGGAAAAAAAAAUGUUAAUAAAAAUCAAAUAAAAA